UUUCAUCAUAAACCAUUCGAAGAAGUCAUAUUUAAUCACAUUUUCUGUUUUACCAAAAUAUUUAUCGCCUUUUUCACUGGCUUUAAAGAAACCUUUGGCUGUUGAAUGUUGAUGUCUUUUCAUGUAUUCCUAUGGACGAAGACAGUCGUGGUUCAGAGCAAGUCCAAGUCGUCGAAGCUGCCAGAGCUAUUGAAAGAUGUUGGUGUUCGUACAGAGAUAGACAGAUAUUUAAACUGUUGAAGUAUGCAAUAUGUGCAGCGGAACAUUCUCUAACCAAAGAAGUGAUAAGAAAAAUUUCACCAACAGAAGCACAAUUGUUAAAUGAUCCCACUUGCCAUGCAAAAAUUAGAUUUCGGUUUGGUGGUUCUGAAUAUCCACCCAUGAUAUUAUUUAAAGUUUUCAUUAAAUGUGGAGAAAAUGGUGUGAAAUACUACAGUGGAAAGAAAAUGAUCCGUGCUGCAUCAAAGGCUGCAGAAGAUUCGUGUAAAUUAAUGGGAAAUAGACAAUUUUAUAAUCAAAUGAUAAUUGAUGCCUGUCAACAACAUCAAGAUAAAAUCACCAAUGAACUUGACAUAAACACAAUGAAAGAUGUUAUGCAGUAUUUAAGCAAUCUAGAUGAAUGCCCUCCUGAAAAUGGUGGAAAAUCAAAUUGUUGGAGGCAGUUAACAUUAGACAGUAUUCCUCGUCAUAAUAUUGUUCAUGACGUUGUCACAUACAUCAACAGUGGAAAUGUCUCUGAACGACUGGUUCUUGAAACACCGUUUUUUCCUUCUGCUAAACCAGUCACACAGAAAGCACAGCUUCAGACUUUCUUGGGUAUUGUAAACUCAAGCAAUGGUCCCGCUAAAAGAAAACCACUUUAUCGACCACCACAAACAUCUACGACAGAGAAAUCAACAGCGCGACGUUCACAUCGUGCAAGAAAACGAGUUGAGAAAAUGAAAAAAAUUUAUGCAGGUGUAUCAACUGAUGAAAAUGAUCAGAAUGCUGGGUUUGAUGAUGAUGGAGAUCAGCAGAGUACCAAUCAUGUAAAUGAAGAAAAGUCUGGGUCUGAAAACUCAGACUGGGAAAAUGAAGCUGAUGAAUUGUAUGAAUGGAGCCAAGAUUUAACAUUAGAUGCGUUAGGCUUGAGUGUAACAACACCUGUGUUUUAAAAAUUCUAAAUUUAAAUUAGACCUAGUUUUCAUAUUUUAGAAAUUUGUAAAUGUGAAUUGAUUCUUUGAUCGAUCUUCAAUAUUGAAUUAUCCUUUAAUUUCCAGGAGAUAUACAGGGUGUCUCAAAAAAAACCGAAUCCAUCUUUGGCACGUUAUUGUGCGUUGAUUUAUUGGUAAACGAGCGUAAUUUUUUUAUAUUAAGAAAGAUCACGCUUUUAGCUGUCAAAUGAAAUACUUUUCGUACCAAAUAAAGGAAAAA